CAGGACGCGGCUCCGCUCUGCGCCCGCCCGCCGCUCAGGGGACCCCCGGCCCGGGACGCCCCCUCCCGUCUCCUCCAGCCGCCCAGACCCCAGGCUGCGCCCCCACGCCUGGUCAGAGCCCCAGUCUUCAUCAAGGGACCCCCAGGACCGCCCCUGCUGUCUAUCUGUCUCAGGGUCUCUCCUCUCUUUCUCUGUCCCUCCCUCUUUCUCUCCCUCCUUGUCUCUCUCUCUCUACCUCAAGGUCUCUGGGCCUCAGCAUCUCGCAGCCCAAAGGCCUUUGACAGUCUACCUGUCUCUCUGUGACCUCUCCACUUCCAGGAGCCUAGAAUCUCUGAGCCUGGGGGAAGAGGGGGCCUGCCUAGAUCCGGUCUCUGCCUCUCCAUCUCUCUGUCUCUUCCAGGCCAUCUCUGUGUCUCCUCCAGUCUCCACACCCGGGAGUCUCAGAAUUUCACAGCCUCCGGGUCUCAGCUCUGGGCAGCCUCUCCGCCUCCCCGUGCGCCCCUGCCCCUCUCGGGCUCCCCUGCCUCUGUUUCUAUUCUCUCUCGCUCCCUGCCUCCCCCAUUCUCGAGGCCCAUCUCCCUCCCUCCCCGCAUCCUAUCUCCCCCCUCCUCCUUUCCUGCCCCUCCCCUCCUCCGCAGUAGCCAAUGAGCGGCCGCCGGUCCCAGCUCCCGGCGUCGUCCGCCGAGUGAGGCCGCGGGCGCGGGGGGUGGGGGGUGGGAGGCCGGGAGGGGGCCGGGACGCCGGGCUCCGGGGCGGGGGCGGGGGGCGCGGGCACCGGCGACCCCGGUGGCGGCGGCGGCGGCGGCGGCCGGGGGAAGCCGCGGGGUCGGUCAUGCGGCUGCGGGGCCCGCGGCCCGGAGCGUCCGCCAAGCCCUGAGCGAGCGGCCCCAGCGGGGCUCUCCACUGGAGCUCCCGGUCCCUCAGGCCCCGCAGGGCGCCCCCCGCCGCUGAGGAUGAGUCACUGCAGCAGCCGCGCCCUGACCCUGCUGAGCAGCGUGUUCGGUGCGUGCGGCCUGCUGCUCGUGGGCAUCGCCGUCAGCACGGACUACUGGCUGUACAUGGAGGAGGGAACCGUGCUGCCGCAGAACCAGACCACGGAGGUCAAGAUGGCGCUGCACGCUGGCCUGUGGCGAGUCUGCUUCUUUGCAGGCCGGGAAAAGGGUCGCUGCGUGGCCUCAGAAUAUUUCCUUGAACCAGAGAUCAACUUGGUGACGGAAAACACGGAGAAUAUUCUGAAGACAGUGCGCACAGCCACCCCCUUCCCCAUGGUCAGCCUCUUCCUUGUGUUCACCGCCUUCGUCAUCAGCAACAUUGGCCACAUCCGCCCGCAGAGGACCAUUCUGGCCUUCGUUUCCGGCAUCUUCUUCAUCCUCUCAGGCCUCUCCUUGGUGGUGGGCUUGGUUCUUUACAUUUCCAGCAUCAACGACGAGGUCAUGAACAGGCCCAGCAGCUCGGAACAGUAUUUCCACUAUCGCUAUGGGUGGUCUUUUGCCUUCGCAGCGUCCUCCUUCCUACUCAAAGAGGGAGCCGGCGUGAUGUCCGUGUACUUGUUCACCAAGCGCUACGCGGAGGAGGAGAUGUACCGCCCGCACCCGGCCUUCUACCGCCCGCGUCUCAGCGACUGCUCCGACUACUCGGGCCAGUUUCUGCAGCCCGAGGCGUGGCGCCGCGGCCGCAGCCCCUCGGACAUCUCCAGCGAUGUGUCCAUACAGAUGACGCAGAACUACCCUCCCGCCAUCAAGUACCCCGACCAUCUCCACAUCUCCACCUCGCCCUGCUGAGGCCCCGCCCCCGGAGCGCCCUGCCUCCUCCUCCUCCUCCUCCUCCUCGCGGGUCUCGUCGCGACCGCGCGGCUCCAGCGCAAGUCCUAGGGACGCCUAGUCCCGCGGGGAGGAAACUGCGCGCGCGUUAGCCCAGCCUCGCCGCCGUGGCCCCGCCCUCUCCCUGGUGCCCCGCCCAGCCGCCAUAGCCCCGCCCUCUUUCCUGACCGCUGCUCUUCAUUGGUCCCUUCCACUUCCAGAUGACUCCUCCCCCUGGAAGACACGCCCCUUUCAUCAGGCCCUGCCCCCCCCCGCCGAAAGGCUCCCAGGUUUCCGGGUUCUUUGCGCCCAGCGGCCGAGCGCGCCCACCUCCGUGCAAACCGCCCCAGUUACCUUUCGCCUCGGCCGGGGGCUCUGGGCUGGAGAGUAGGUUCUGGCAGCCGCCAGGAAUGCCAAACAUCCUCUUCUCCUCUCUGCCCCGGCUAGCCUUUCUCGGCCCGGUCUCACCUCCAGACCUUCGUGGUCCUCGCGUACAGUGAGUGAAGCGGGGGAGGCCCUUCCUGCUCCACCCCACACCCCCACCCCAUCUCUAGGGUGGGGUGGGGGCCCGGAGGCCCCGGCUAUGGUUAAUCUGGCCUCACCCGCCCCCCACUGCACACACGGGAGACCCCGUUCUGUCUCACCUGCUGGACACGUCUCGGCCUUCUGAAGGCUACCUGUCUUUUCAAGGGCGCUCUUUAACGGAUUUUCUCGCUCUCUCUCAGCUGACCUUGGCUUCUUUUUUCUUCCUCUGCCUCCCCUGCCUCCAGGCCUCCUCUCCACCUGCUCAUCCAAAGCCCCCCUAGGUGUAUCCAGCGCCCCCACGCCACGCGACAAGAAUGGAGACCCUAGGGUGGAGGGAAGUCCUCCACGCCAAUUCCACGCCUGUGCUCGCCUCUUCCCCCUCGAGGCCCCGUCGUGGGAGGGAGAGGCAGUAGCGGGGGUCGACACCCCCCAAACCUCGAAGUCUUCCAUUUUCUGGCACCUCCCCCCUCAUUGAAGUCCCCCUCCCCAUCUCAGAUCCCCCAACUCUGGCCUCUUUCAAGGGUCCGUCCGCCUCCUAGGACAGAUGGGGGGGUUUCACCAGAAACUCACUCACUCCCUUAUUAGGGGAGGAGGGGCGAGGUAGCACAGUAUUGUACACGGAACCAGACAGGCCCCCUGGGUGGGAGGAGGGGGGCAGGGGAGGGACGGGGGGUUUUUAGUUUGCAUCUUAGGUGGGAGGGGGGAGGGGGGACUGCAGCAGUUAACCUGUCUUUACGCAGCGAUUUUUAACGAGGCUGGGGGGAGGGGGGGCUUUGGAGAUGGGGGGAGGGGUGGGGUGGGGGGCCUGGCUCUGUUAUUUACCGUGUAUCAUAUGUAAAUACCGACAGAAACUUCAAUAAACUUUAUUUCAAACA